UAUCGAAGUGAAUCGAAACCUCCCUUCACGUGACUCGUACUUGUGUCAGUUAAGUCACCUGUUUUGUGGGUUUUCUCCUUUGAUAAAAACAUCGGAAAUAAGAAAGAAUUUUAUUAACAAAAAAGAAUGGCAGCAUCUUUGUUACCAGUAUUAUUUUGUACAGCAAUCUGGGCCGUAGUAGGAAUAGUGUUACCCAUUUUCGUCCCGAAAGGUGUUAACCGAGGAAUUCUUCAGGUUAUCCUUAUGCUGACAGCUUUCACGUGCUGGUUAUUCUGGUUAUGUUGCUACAUGGCACAAAUGAACCCACUUAUCGGACCAAAGUUAUCUAACACCACUAUUCUUGUGAUGGCUCGUGAAUGGAGCAACAAACAGUUGCAGACGGAAGAGGCAGCAAUGUAGGAAUAAUAUUCAAAGGAGAAUACUUGACGUAAAUAUAAUGCCUGAAGUUAAAGUUUAUGAAACUUAAUUGUAAAUCAAAUCGUAUUAUUGGAAUGAAAAUUAGGCAUUUAGGUACUUGUGAAUAUUGUAAACUCUUCUUUAGACAUUAACAUUCCAAAAUGAACGAGAAAUUCUUACAGUGGCUACAUGUUUUAAUUAUACCUAUAAGUAUUUAUUUAGUAAUGCUGGUGUGUUGAACAAGUAUGUAACAGUUUGUAUUGUGAACCAUACGUAAUGUACCUAAAGACAACUGGAACAAUAAUAAAGACGCGUAACGCUUAAUUGAUA